AUCAGCUUCAAUCCCCCAGUGAUGGAGGGUUUGGAUGCUCAGCUUGCAGUAAGCCUGCUAUGCCUUGAUGCUGCAUCGUUGGUAUUCACCCAUGGUUUUUGUUUCUAUCAAUUAACCUGUGAGGGUGCUGCUUUUCAUAAAUCCAAGCAUUUAGCAAAGAGGAUCGAUCAGGAUAUGGAUGGAGAUUGGAGAAAAACUAUCAUAAAUCGGAGGCAGGUCGUUGCUUGGCAAAGAACUCGUACAUGUUGUAAGAAAAUCAAGGGAGAAUCCAGCCAUUCAGGUGAAGCAUCCAGAGGAGGUGGAGCAGCAAGCCAACACCCAUCUUCACCUCCCACCUAGCGGCUGGACUGCCCCUUGCAGCGAACAUGGU